CGGGUUUUAUUGAUGAUAAUUAUAAGUGCAGGGGCCAGAAACAGAAUUUACUCCGGAAGAAGUAGCAACAGAAAAAAUCGUUUCUUUCUUUCCCCUGCCCUUCGCUAAUUCUUCUCCAUCAAGCGUGGUGGCUCCAAACAGCAGACAAGCUCCUCCUUAAUUUCUCCUCAUCUAACAACACUUUUAUGAGAAUCCCAGUCUUUCAGAUCCACCAACACACCCGUUUUCUGGGCAGAAACUGAUAUGAAUGGCGUGGAGAAUAGCAGGGAAAAAGGGUAUUCGAGCUAAUCUAGCUAAAGCACUGACUGUAGCUUUUACAGACUCAGUGGUGCCUAGUUCUAAGUUCCAACUUGAACGAGCUCAGGCUUCAGUUCGCGCCUUGGCGAAGCAAAUACACGCAUAUGGCUUCACUCCACAAUCAACAUCUUGUGAUGAUUUCAACUUUCUGACAAACAAAAAUUUAAUUAGGUCUUUUCAUGCAACACCUCAACUGUUGGGGAGAUUGGAUGAUGAGAUAGGAUGGGGCUUAAAGAGUGAUCGAAAAGGGAAGUACAAAAAGAAACCAAAAAGCUCCACCCCACCAGUUGAAGCUCCUUAUGUGCCUCCUAAACCGAAAAGGCCUGCCAAAUCUCGUACAGAUAAAACAAUUGAAAUAUUUGAGGGCAUGACGGUUAUAGAACUUUCGAAGCUCUGUGGAGAAUCAAUAUCUACUAUUCAGAGUAUUCUCGUGAAUGUCGGCGAAAAAGUUGACUCAGAAUUUGAUUCUCUGGGAAUUGAUCUGGCUGAGCUAGUUGCCAUGGAAAUUGGAAUCAAUGUAAGAAAGCGUCACACAAAUGAGGGUGCUAAUUUAGUUCCUCGGUCUCCAGUUGUGACAGUGAUGGGCCAUGUUGACCAUGGUAAAACUUCUCUUUUGGAUGCAUUACGUAAAACUUCUGUGGCCGCUCAGGAGGCUGGAGGCAUAACGCAGCAUCUUGGUGCCUUUGUUGUUGGGAUGCAAUCGGGGGAGUCAAUCACUUUCCUCGACACCCCUGGUCAUGCAGCAUUUAGUGCCAUGCGUGCUAGAGGUGCCGCAAUUACAGACAUAGUUGUGUUGGUUGUGGCAGCUGAUGAUGGUAUAAUGCCUCAAACCCUUGAAGCAAUCUCCCAUGCAAAUGCAGCUGGUGUCCCGAUCGUGGUGGCAAUAAACAAAUGUGACAAACCGCAGGCGAACCCGGAAAGAGUAAAAAGGCAGCUGGCUUCAGAGGGUAUGGCACUUGAAGAUGUCGGUGGAGACAUUCAGGUGGUUGAAGUUUCAGCUACGAAAGGGACUGGAUUGGAUAAACUGGAGGAGGCUUUACUUCUCCAGGCUGCGUUAAUGGAUCUGAAAGCCCGGGUUGAUGGGCCAGCCCAAGCCUAUGUGGUUGAGGCAAGGCUUGAUAAGGGACGUGGUCCUUUGGCUACUGCAAUAGUGAAGGCAGGAACAAUAGUUCCCGGGCAGUGUGUUGUUGUUGGUGCUGAGUGGGGAAGGAUAAGAGUCAUGAGGGAUACAUUAGGGAACUUCAUUGAUUGUGCUAGACCCGCUAUGCCUGUAGAAAUUGAAGGGCUAAAGGGACUUCCAAUGGCUGGUGAUGACAUUACUGUUGUGCACUCGGAGGAAAGAGCAAGGAUGCUUAGUGAAGGGAGGAAGAAGAAACGUGAAAGGGAUAGACUAACGAAGAUGGAUGAGAAAAGACAAGAAGUGCUAGAGAAAGAGAAAGCGGAAGCUGAAGAAAAUAAGGAAGAGAAAGAAUGUGAAGAUGAAACUAUAGCUGGAGGAGAAAGAAGAGGAUGGCAUAAAGGAAAAAGGGAAAAAAGAGUACUAGAAAAAGAAGAUAAGCCCAGAAGGCCCGAGUUGCCAAUUAUAGUGAAGGCAGAUGUUCAAGGCACUGUUGAGGCAGUUAUAGAUGCUUUGAGGAGUCUAAAUAGUCCUCAGCUUCCAGUCGUCGUUAUCCAUAAUGGAGUUGGGCCUAUUUCUCAGUCAGAUGUUGAUAUGGCAAAAGCCUGUGAUGCAUGUAUUGUUGGAUUCAAUGUGGGCACUAUAGAUUAUUCUAUCACGCAAGCGGCAAAUCAAGCUAAAGUACAGGUAAAAUUGCACAAGAUCAUUUAUCGUCUUCUUGAGGACAUUGGUCGAUUGAUUGUUGAGGUGGCUCCGGGGACACCUGAGACCAAGGUUUAUGGAGAAGCGCAGGUGUUGAACAUAUUUGAAGUUCAAGGGAGGGGCAAAUUAAAGGGGGUGGAUGUAAAGAUUGCAGGAUGCCGAGUCGUGACUGGCCAACUCGAGAGGUCCUCGACAAUGAGGAUCCUUAGAAGCGGGGAAGUCAUUUUCGAAGGAUGUUGCGCAUCGCUGAAGAAGGAGAAACAUGACGUGGAUGCAGUGGAUAAAGGAAACGAGUGCGGGCUUGUGAUCCACGACUGCUUCGACUAUAAGAUUGGAGAUGUUAUCCAGUGUAUGAAGCAAGUCAACGUGAAACCCAAGUUUGUGAUAUCCCAGAACGGGGCUGUUCGAAUGGAGGGCUAAACAGUUUUGGUACCAACUUAUGAUUCUUUUUAGUUGAUUGGUGAAUUUGAAACACUGCAUUUUUGUCCGGAGUAGAUGUCCUUUAGAAUCAUAAUAUUACUAUUACGGAAGAGUAGUAAACUUUUGGUUGAGUGGAGCCAAUAUGUUGGUAUAAUUUCCAACACAAACGAACUUGGGAGGAGCCCAAGGAACUGAAUUUAUACAAUGAACUGUGCUAGGGUAACAUAUAUAUAUAUAUAUAUAUAUAAACUCAUAUAGCUAAUGGAAUUUGAUUGAUAGACUGGAUUAAUAAUAUCUGAUUAUGAUUCUGAUGCACUACCGGAAGGAAAUUGUUGGUUUGAGGUUGAUCCAUGACACGGGGGUGUGUGUGAUUGUUGCUAGCUAGCUUGUGGUUGAUGGAUCCAUUACAAUUUACCUGUACGUGUGUCUCUUCCCUACUAAAAUUAGAGUUUUUUGAAAUAAUAUCAAAAAUAAAUUUAUUUUUCUUAGAUGAGGAGACUCUGGAGUAGUAGUAGUAGUAGUAAAAUGUGGGUUUAUUGAUAUUGCUCAAUUAAGCCAUUUCAUAUGCCAGAAUUUUUGAAUAAUUGAUUGUAGUAGAUAUGUUGAAUUGAAGUCUUAUAAUUGUUUAUAAAACAUCAGUCUUAAUUAUUCAACCAC